UGUAGACGUAGUGCAGAUUUCCACCCUUCAGUUCAACUCUUGGUCCCGUUUGAACAUGUUGUGUUGCUGUCAUUAUAUCAUUAUUUUAAAUCGGAUGUCAUGUAUCUGAUGAUCCUUGAUCUACUCACAGCACCGUGAUGGAAAUGUUUUAUCACAUCAAUGACGUUUUCCUGCAGCUACAACUCAUCAAAUCCCAUUUCUCAGUGAGGUGGUGUCUUCAGAUCAAGAAAAACUACAACUUUCAGCCAUAAAAUGAUCUGGAGAAGAAAACUUUUGACGCCUGCAACAUUUGUGAUCAUCAUUAUGAAAAUCUUUCCUGGUCACACUCUAAGAUGUUAUCCAGCAGAAUAUCAGAUAGGAAACGAAUGCUGUCCAAUGUGUCCUGCAGGAAGUCGAGUUAAAACUGACUGUUCAGAGUUCAGAUCGACAUCAUGUCUGUCCUGCCUCCAUGGAACCUUCAUGGAUAAACCCACUGGGCUGAAGGAGUGUUUCCCCUGCACCAACUGUGAUGAAGUGCAUUAUCCUGCUGAAAGAUGCCACAGCCAUCAGGAAAUACUGUUUCCAUCAAAGGAUGUUCAUGGUCUGCAGCAAUGCUUAGAUUUGGGUCUGAAGGUAAAGACAUCAUGUACAACAACAUCAGAUACAGUUUGUGAACCACUGGAGGGGUUCUACUGUAUUGAUCCAAUAGGAAACAACUGUGCAGCAGCACGUAAACACAGAAUCUGUCAUCCAGGACAAUACAUCAAACAAACAGGAACAGCCUUCACAGACACUGUGUGCUCUGACUGCAGCACUGGAACAUUUUCAGAUGGAACAUUUACAUCUUGUCAGCCACAUUUUCAAUGUGAAUCAAUAAACCUUCAGCUGAUAAAACCAGGAAAUGCUUCUACUGAUGCUGAAUGUGGAAGAAAAAGUUCAAAUGUCUCAGCAGCUGUGAGCAUCCCCAGUGUUUUACCUUUUUUAUUAAUAUGUGGUGGAAUAGUUUUUUUUUUUUUAUUCAGAAAGAAGGAAAUGUGUUUUAGACAAGGUGAGGAUGACAGAGAAUGAUCCAAAUGUUAACAUGGCUUUUUUGGAUGAUGAUAUUUCUGCCAAGUCAUGAUUCUGCUAAUUACAAUGUUUUUCUUGGUUUUGUUUCAUAGCAGGAAGAAACAGAAGUUUGAGAGUUUCCAUAGUAUUAAAUUUGGUUCUGUCUUGUGUGUUCACUGUUGACAACACUUGGUUUAUCAAUGAAAUUGAAUCAUGUCAUUAUUUUUUUCCCAGUCUUGUUUAAAAUGGAAAAUUACGGUAAGAUGAAGAACCUGUAUUUAAUCUUGAUUUUAAACUUUAAUGUAUUUUUGCAUUUCUUGCCUUACUUAUAACCAGCUGCUUUAACAUGUAUAUAUCAUUUAGUUUAGUUUCAUUCACACAUCAAAAACAACACAAUACAUGGUGUAUACAACACAUAUUUUUGUUUCCAAUAUUUUACACAGGCAGAUGUGUGAAAAGGGUCACCCCAAGGAAACUAUUUAUAGCUUUUAAAUAGGGGCCCAGUUUACCAUGAAUACAGGAUAUUGGCCAGAUAUCCAUAUAAUUAUGGACGACAUACAAAUAAAUAAUUUACAUACAGAUAAACAAUAGACAAUCUCAAUGUUCAGGUUACGCUGAAUUCAAUUUGAAGUACCAAAUAGUAGUUUUGACAAGGAGGAGUUAACACGUGCAAGCAAGGUUCAGGUGUUAAUACAAUUUCCAAUCAGCACAUUAAACAUACAUUUCUAGUAGUUGAGUUUUUAGUUUUUUCUUGAAUAUGGAGACAGAAUGUGACAUUUUUAAUUGUUCAUCAAGCUCAUUCCAGAUCUGUGGUCCUCUGCACACGAUGCUAAAACUUGUACAUUUUAGUCUUCUCUUUUUCCCAGUGAUUAGGUUUUUAUUCCUGGUGGUGUAAGUGUGCGUAGGAGCACAGACUGGGAUGAGGUGACAUAGUUUACUAUUUAAUUUGUGGAUAGUCUGGAACAUUAUACAAGCAUUCUGAAAGUAGUUGUAUUCACUGGGCCUCAGGAGAUUGUGGCGAUGGAAGAUUGUUUUUGUGGGGGAGUUAAAUACCGACCAUGUUAAGGCGCGUAUGACUUUUUUUUGGAGUAUCUGAAGCUUUUUUAAGUGAGAUGGAAAUGUAUUGCACCAUAUGAUAUUACAGUAUUGUAGAUGAGGUUCAAACAAAGAUUUAUACAGUGGAAGAUAAUGUCUCAACUUAAAAAACAGAGCAGCAUAUUUGGACAGUUUAGUGAUCAGUUCAUCAAUAUGUUUUUUAAAAUUAAGGAAUUCGUCAAUAUAGAUCCCCAAGAAUUUCGUAGCACUCACUCUAUCAAUGUUUUGCCCGUUUAUUUUUGGGCAAAUUUGUUUAAUAUCAUUUUUUUAUGGGAGCGGAACACAAUGUAAUUUGUUUUAUUAAUAUUUAGAGAGAGUUUGUUGCAUUUAAACCAUGUAUUUAUUUUCACUAAUUCACUAUUUAUGAUUAGUUCAAGUGUAUUUGGAUUUUUGUGGGAGAAGAACAGGUUUGUAUCAUCGGCAAAUAAUACUUUGUGUAAUAUGGACGAGCAAUUAACAAAGUCAUUUAUAUACAAGAUGAAGAGGAGCGGCCCUAAGAUGGAACCCUGGGGAACACCAUGGUUAGUGGGUUUGUAUGAUGAAUUAUGGUUGUUGAUGAAAACGUACUGAUGUCUUCCGAGCAAGUAGCUGCGGAACCAGUCUAGCGCUAAGCCUCUAAUGCCAUAGUGUUUUAAUUUACUGAUUAAGAUAUCAAUCUGGAUGGUUUCAAAAGCUUUGGAUAGGUCCAAAAAAAUGCCAAUCCCAUAGUCGCCUUUGUCGAUUGCAUCAUAGAUUUUAUCGGUUAAAUCAAGUACUGCCAUAUAUGUAGUGUUUUUCUUUCUGAAUCCAUACUGGGAUGGGACAAUGAUGUUUUUCUUGUCAAGGUAGCUGUUGAGUCUGUUAUAAACUACUCUUUCUAAAACCUUGGAGAGAGUGGGUAAGAUUGAUAUUGGUCUAUAGUUGCUCAAAUAAUUCUUAUCCCCAAAUUUAAAAACUGGUAUAAUUUGUGCAAUUUUUUGCCAUUUGUGGUACUACUCCAGAGAGUAGAGAUACAUUUAUACAGUGGGUAAGAGGUGCAGUAAUUAUGUUGGAGAUGCUUUUCAGAAUUUUACUAGAAAUUCCGUCAGUUCCGGCUGAGUUUGAACUCUUCAUACUCAUGAUUAUUUUAUAGACCUCAUCACAGGUAGUUGGAUUCAGGAAGAAGGAGUCCAGGUAGUUACCUGAGAGAUAGUCUUUAAAAGAGGCAUCCUGAGGCUGUCUAAUUUUGCUGGAUAUGCUACUACCAAUGGAAACAAAGUAGUCAUUGAAUUUGUUAGCAAGACUGUUAUUGCUGGUGACAUUGCUUGUAUUAUAUUCAUGGUCAGGGAUCACAGGAGUUUUUUGGCCUUUGUUUAAGACCUUGUUUAGCACUCUCCAAGAUUUCUUGGAAUCACCCUGUGAUGCGUUUAUCAAUUCUGCGUAAUAAUUGCUUUUCCUCAUUCUGAUAAUAUGUGUAAGUUUAUUUCUAUAAUUACUGUAUUCAUAUAAAUUAUUAUUAUUAGGAUUAUUUAUGUAUCUUUUGGGACAAGGUACGUUUUAUCCGUUUGUUUCCUGGCUAUAAAAGACACAAGCAGAAACAAAAAAUCAAGCCGUUUUUUCGUUUUUUCAUUUUGAGCAAAAAACAAAAAAACAGGAAACGGUUCGUUUUUUCGUUUUUUCGUUUUGAACAAAAAACAAACAAAACAGGACACGGUUCGUUUUUUCGUUUUUUCGUUUUCACCCCCAAAAUGAAAAUACGACUCCAUAUUCCGUUUCAUUGGUGGGCGGGGCUUCGGAGCCUGCCAGUGCACAAUAAAGCUCCUGCCCAUCACAAUAAAGCUCUUGUGCUGGCAUUCAUAGACAGACUGACUUUCAUUGUAUUGCCUGCCCCCACUGCACUUCCCCGAACUCGAAAUCAAAGCAAGUCAUGUACACAGUAAUGACAGUCAUAACCAGUGGUGUAGUCUAGUUUUUUCUAGUGGGAAUACUCCAACCUCAUAAACCAAAGCCAGGUCAGGUUCUCAUAUAUGUGCGCGUGCACUCACAUGUCCACGCGCGCGCGCGCGCGCGCGCGCACACACACACACACACACACACACACACACACACACACACACACACACACACACCAGCAGCAGCUCCUUUAUUUCAAACUACCAAUUAGAUACUUAUAGACAUUAUAUCAGGUAGACCUGAUGUUUCCUCUUCAUCAGGUAGACCUGAUGUUUCCUCUUCAUCAGGUAGACCCGAUGUUUCCUUUUCAUCAGGUAGAACUGAUGUUUCCUCUUCAUCAGGCUCCCUUUCCUAAACGUUAACCUUAGCUCCAGCUGUAGUGUUCCCUAAAGCGGCAGCAUUCACAGGACAAGCAACAGGCUUAUUAAAACACUGAAAUAGUUUCAUUUAGCUUUGCUUUCUUUUUCUUAUUUUUUCUCCACUGACUGAUGUUGGGUCAUUAGAAGUUCUAGACUCAUGUCCCUCUUCUUCUAAGUCAGGGGUAUUCAGCUAAAAUUCAGAGAGGUCCAGUCAGCAAAGGUCCAGAACAUCAUAAUAUCUAACUUGAGUUACUGUGAUAUAUGCUGAUGUAACCUGGUAGUUUUAUUAGAGUCUGCCUGUAAUCAAAAACUGACCGUCAAAUAAGUUCAGUACGGUUCAAAAACAUUUUGACAUUUAUUAAUAAAUAACUUAUAUGUAACUGUA